CAGGUCUGAUUUCUAACGGGAAACAUGCGUAUGUAUGGCGUGCGCCAAAAUUAUACGUCUCAAUAUUUCUGUGCGUGCGUAGUCUUUUCAGAAAUGGCGCAAUUAAAUGUAGCAACAACGGUUAUAAAAGAGGUCUCAGGAGACUACUUCUUCUAAGUAAUUUCAACGAUCAGGAUCCAUGCCAUGCUCUCCCUCUACCUCUGGGACGGUAAUCAAUCACUGGUACUGACGGUAUUCUGGCAGCCAGCAAUUCAGUCCUUAAAAAACAGCCGCAGGUGUGGAUAGAAUAUAGAUCCUACAGAAUUGUAUUGAUUAUCUCCCAAACAAUGGUUAAGCCGAACAAUACAUGAUUUUUUACUCCGCAACUCGCUAAUCAGGUAAAUCCAGGUCACUUGGAUGAAGGAAUUCCUGAAGAAAUGUCUUAAGUCUAUAGUGUUCUUGUCCCGACUCCUGUCCCAAGGUGACAAGACACAGCCCAGUCAUAGCGUACAAUGCUGCACGGUCAUAAAAAUAACACCCCUCUCUACUUCCCCUCACUUUAUUGAACAAUAAGUAACUUUUAAGCAGCUAUCCCGCUGGCUUACAAUCAAUUAUCUUCACUGCAUUGUUCAUUCAUUCUCGCUCUCUCUCUCCUUCGCUCUCUCUCUCUCAGAAGAAGGGAGGGGUCGAGCAGAGGCAGUAACCUCUAACGGAUAACAGCGCUCGAGGAUUUCAAGUUAGACCACCGUCAGCGUGAAGGAUAUAAUGCUGUUCAGUCAAACCGGAGCACUGACCAAGGACAUUUUGAUCCAUUUUAUAACUUUUUGGAGCUAUUUGACCAAUUUAAACUUGAUUUGAAAAAGAGUCACAGAGCACACAUAAACCAGCAUUUACCAGACAAAGAUCAGCAUCAAACUUCAUGCGGACGUGAGAAGAGAAGUGAUGUGGACAGUUUGGACAAGAUACCCAUGACAUAGUUGGAAUAAUAGACCCCCUCUUCUGUUUUUUAUGGAACCACUUAAUGCCAAUCUAUGACAGUUGGGGAAGUUGUUUUCAAACGUUUAAUUCUCAACUGGGAGAGGCCUAUCAAAACAAACAUUUUCUGACGUGUUACUCAAAGGAUCCUUAGAGAAUCUUAUUUCCAUCUUGCAGACAGGACUCCUGUCGAUUAUGGCGAAGACCUUGUUCAUCUGUUUCCCACUGGUUCUCCUGGCGGGACAUCUCCUCGUGGUUACCGGACAAGCCACCCGAACACCGGUUUCGCAAGACGCGCGCCCAGACGUCCAUCCGUCCGCCACCCAGAAACCAGUAAUCUCUGGUAGAGAGGACAGGUUCAACGCCAAUGUCUCCACUGCUCGGCGCAUGCGACCUUUACCACCGAUGUGCUCGGGACCCACCGAGAUCAGAGACACAUUUAAGUACAUCAACACCGUAGUAUCAUGUCUCGUGUUUGUUGUCGGUAUUAUCGGGAACUCCACGCUCCUCAGAAUCAUUUACCGGAACAAGUGCAUGCGCAACGGGCCCAAUAUUCUCAUAGGGAGCCUGGCGCUGGGAGACCUGUUGCACAUUGUGAUUGAUAUUCCCAUUAACGUGUACAAGCUCCUAGCGGAGGACUGGCCAUUUGGUGUGGGUCUGUGUAAACUGGUGCCUUUUGUCCAGAAAGCUUCAGUGGGCAUUACUGUGCUGAGCCUGUGUGCUCUGAGCAUCGACAGGUACCGAGCAGUAGCGUCAUGGAACCGUAUCAAGGGGAUCGGUGUUCCCAAGUGGACGGCUAUAGAGAUCGCACUCAUCUGGCUGCUGUCCAUCCUGCUGGCUGUCCCUGAAGCUAUAGCCUUCGACAUGAUUGCCAUGGACUACAAAGGAGAGCACCUCCGCAUCUGUCUGCUACACCCCAUGCAGAAUUCAGACUUUAUGACGUUCUAUAAGUCAGCUAAGGACUGGUGGCUGUUCAGUGUGUAUUUCUGCCUGCCUCUGGCCGUUACCGCCGUCUUCUACACCCUGAUGACUUGUGAGAUGCUGAGGAAGAAAAACGGAGUCCAGAUCGCCCUGAGUGACCAUCUGAAACAGAGGCGUGAGGUGGCUAAGACAGUGUUCUGCCUGGUGUUGGUGUUUGCUCUGUGCUGGUUGCCUCUCCAUCUCAGCCGCAUCCUCAAGCUCACCAUCUAUGAUGAGAAAGACCCUAACCGCUGUGAACUGCUCAGUUUCUUCCUGGUUCUGGAUUACAUCGGGAUCAACAUGGCGUCUCUUAACUCCUGCAUCAACCCCAUCGCUCUCUACAUGGUCAGCAAGCGUUUCAAGAUCUGCUUCAGGUCAUGUCUGUGUUGCUGGUGUCUGCCAGCUGAGAUGUUGAUGGAUGAGAAGCAGUCCUGUAUGAAGCUCAAAGUCUCAGACCGGGCCUCCGACCAGAGCAACUCACGCGCCACUAACAAGUACACUUCAGCAUGAGAGGUGCCCUGCGCAGUGCAGAUAAGUACUCAACGAAGUAACCGAUGAUCUACCUUAAAGGACUAAUUGAAGAUCAGUCAUAUAACCUGAUUCUGACUUAAACCAUUAUGAGAAGGUCAUAAGAAGUGUCUUAAGAAGUGCCCUUAUUCAGCUAUAGUUGAUGUAGUUUUAAACCACUUGGAGAAAAUAAGUGCCCUAAUCCAGUAAAGUCUCCUCUGACUGGAGGGUGAAGUACUCAAGUGCACUUUGAGUGUUGCCUAUGACAGUGAAUGGUCUGGGAUGUGUAGCUGGGAGAGGGUUGAUGGAAAGGAGGAUAAUUGGGGGAACGAGGAGUAGAAGGAUGGAAGUUUAGUGCAGCCAAUCAAAUAUCAGUAUUAUUGCUAAUGAAUGACACAACAUAGGGUGGUCAUAUUGUAGAGAAAUGACAUGAUUAGAACCUCUAUAUGAAUGUUCAUAAGAUACAUGACAUAAGCCAAACCCAAAGAGGCGUCAUAGUGCAAAUGCCUGACUUGAGACAUACAGAACAUUAUAUGAACAUUGCAAGUAGGUUGUAAAAACGUUGUUAGUUAUACAGUAUAAUAUCUGAACAUAUCCCAUAUACUAUUCAGAAUUCAAGGACUUUAGAGUUAAUUCAUUUUUAUACCUUUGUUAAAUUGCUUUUACACUGUUUGAUAUUGUUACCAGGGGAGGAAGGCUCGUAAUAAUGGCCGGAACGGAGCAAAUGGAAUCAAACACAUGGAAACCUUGUGUUUGAUGUAUUUGAUACCAUUCCAACAAAUCUUCUCCAGCCAUUACCACGAGCCCGUCUUCUCCAAUUAAGGUGCCUCCAACCUCCUGUGAUUGUUACCAUUAGCAUUUGUAUGUGAUUUUAGCUGGAUAGUUAGCUAUAGCAUUUGUGAUUGUUACCAUUAGCAUCUGUAUGUGAUUUUAGCUGCAUAGUUAGCUAUAGCAUCUUUGAUUGUGUGUUCUGUGUUUGGUAGGCGUUCAGCUGUUUCUCAUUAAACUACUGAUCUAAUUGGGUUGGACUUCAUGUGAAUAAAUCAUAAAUGGCAGCACA